AUAGCUACAAUAUACACGGUCUUAAAACAAAAUCGUGUCGAAAACUAUUUACGGGUCGAGAACACUGAAGAGCCACACAAGUUGGGCUUAGAGUGAAGACCCUAUAUUGUCCUCUAUAUAUAUAUAGCAAUCAUUGUUGUCUUGCUCUUAUAACUUUGCUAAUAACAAGUAAAGAGAAUGAGUUCACAUAAGCCUGCCAUGACUGGUUUCUCUCUUGUUCUGACAGUGAUGAUAUUGUCGUUUCGAAGUGUUCAUUCCCAGCUUCGAGUUGGGUUUUAUAGAAACACUUGUAGUUUGGCUGAGUUUAUAGUUAAAGAUGAGGUUAUGAAAGCCUUCUUUGCUGAUCGAGGAGUGGCUGCUGGUCUUUUGAGAAUGCACUUUCAUGAUUGCUUUGUUAGAGGUUGUGAUGCUUCGGUGUUGAUUGAUUCCACAGCAACAAACACAGCAGAGAAGGACUCCCCUGCAAAUAAUCCAAGUUUGAGAGGAUUUGAAGUCAUAAACAAAGCAAAGGCAAGACUAGAAGCUUUGUGUAAAGGUGUCGUUUCAUGUGCUGAUAUAGUAGCUUUUGCAGCAAGGGAUAGCAUACAGUUUAGUGGAGGGUUUGGAUAUGGGGUUCCUGCAGGAAGAAGAGAUGGCAAGGUUUCAUUAGCUUCUGAGGCAAACACAAACCUACCUCCCCCAUCAUCCAAUCUGGACCAACUCACUCAAAUGUUUGCCACAAAAGGUUUCACACAACAAGAAAUGGUCAUACUCUCUGGAGCUCACACAAUUGGCCGCUCCCACUGCACGAUUUUCAGUUCUAGAUUGUACAACUUCAAUGGAAUAAACGGUCAGGACCCGAGUUUAGACUCGGCGUAUGCAGCUCAGUUGAAGCAGCAGUGUCCACAAGGCAGUACAAAUCCAAACUUGGUUGUUCCGAUGAACCCUAAUAGCCCUACCGUUGCUGAUCCCGGCUACUAUUUUGACGUUCUAGCACGGCGUGGCUUGUUCACAUCCGACCAAGCUCUCCUGUCAAACGCAGCAACAGCUAACCUGGUGAAUCAAUUCGCUAGAGUUCCCUUUCUCUGGACGAGAAUGUUUGCUGAUGCAAUGGUUAAGAUGGGGCAAAUUGAGGUCCUCACAGGCAGUGCUGGCGAAAUUCGAGCAAAUUGCAAUGUCAUUAACAACUAAAAAGAGGAGAGGGGUCGGGUGUUUGUUUUAUAGGUAGUGAUAUAAUUUUGGAUUGGCAAAACCUCAAA